CUGAGCUGGUUGCCAAGGCGACACCUGGGAAGAUGGCUGCAACGUCUUCAUCGGAUUCUGACAGCGGGCGAGCUGAGAGCAACCAAGCCAAUUCGAAAUGGCUGGACGCACACUACGACCCCAUGGCCAACAUCCACACCUUCUCCUCCUGCCUGGCACUGGCAGAUUUGCAUGGCGAUGGGGAGUACAAGCUGGUAGUGGGAGACCUUGGACCAGGUGGGCAGCAGCCCCGCCUGAAGGUGCUCAAAGGACCCACAGUGCUGACAGAAAGCCCACUGCCUGCCCUGCCGGCCUCGGCUGCCACCUUCCUCAUGGACCAACAUGAGCCCAGGACACCUGCCCUAGCACUCGCUUCAGGACCUUGUGUCUAUGUUUAUAAGAACCUUAGACCCUACUUCAAGUUCAGCUUGCCCCAGUUACCGCCAAACCCUUUGGAACAAGACCUUUGGAACCAAGCCAAAGAGGACCGGAUUGACCCCUUAACACUGAAGGAGAUGCUGGAGGACAUCAGGGAAAAGGCAGAGGUGCCUUUGUCUGUGCAGUCACUCAGGUUUCUGCAGCUGGAGCUGAGUGAAAUGGAGGCGUUUGUAAACCAGCACAAGUCCAAGGUUAUCAAGCGUCAGACAGUCAUCACCACAAUGACUACCCUGAAGAAGAACCUGGCGGAUGAGGACGCAGUGUCCUGUCUGGUGCUAGGCACUGAGAACAAGGAACUCCUUGUGCUGGACCCUGAGGCCUUCACCAUUUUGGCCAAGAUGAGCCUGCCCAGUGUCCCCGUCUUCCUGGAGGUUUCCGGCCAGUUUGAUGUGGAAUUCCGUUUGACUGCUGCCUGCAGGAAUGGGAGCAUCUACAUCCUGAGACGAGACUCCAAACACCCCAAGUACUGCAUAGAGUUGAGUGCCCAGCCUGUGGGGCUGGUCCGGGUACACAAGAUCCUGGUGGUGGGCAGCACCCAAGAGAGUCUGCAUGGCUUCACCCACAAGGGUAAGAAGCUGUGGACAGUACAGAUGCCUGCAGCUAUCCUGACCAUGAACCUCUUGGAGCAGCGAUCCCGAGGCCUGCAAGCUGUCAUGGCUGCUCUGGCCAAUGGGGAAGUCCGAAUUUACCGAGACAAGGCCCUGCUUAACGUCAUCCGUGCCCCUGAUGCAGUAACCAGCCUGUGUUUUGGUCGAUAUGGGCGAGAAGACAACACCCUCAUCAUGACUACUAGAGGUGGUGGCCUGAUGAUCAAGAUCCUGAAGCGUACAGCAGUAUUUGUGGAAGGGACUGGUGAGGUGGGCCCACCACUGGCGCAGACCACAAAACUCAAUGUGCCACGAAAGACCCGGCUGUAUGUGGAUCAGACCCUGCGGGAGCGGGAAGCUGGCACAGCCAUGCACCGGACCUUCCAGACUGACCUCUACCUGCUGCGCCUCCGAGCUGCCAGAGCCUAUGUUCAGGCCCUGGAGCUCAGCCUGAGCCCCAUGUCAACCACAGCUCGGGAGCCACUCAAGCUGCAUGCAGUGGUUCAAGGCCUGGGCCCCACCUUUAAGCUCACACUUCACUUGCAGAAUACGUCAACGGCUCGGCCAGUACUAGGUCUGCAGGUCUGCUUCCUGUACAACGAGGCACUCUAUGCCCUGCCUCGGGCCUUCUUUAAGGUUCCUUUGCUGGUGCCAGGACUCAGUUACCCACUGGAGACCUUUGUGGAGAGUCUCAGUAGCAAGGGCAUCUCAGACAUGAUCAAGGUGCUGGUGCUCCGGGAAGGCCAGAGUGCACCCCUGCUGAGUGCUCACAUCAACAUGCCUGUGAGUGAGGGUCUGGCGGCUGCCUGAGCCCUGGGCCAGCAUUCAAGCCUUCACAAAAUGGAGCCAGUCAGAUCCAGUGACUUCCAGUGUCACCAGACUACUUCCCCCGACAGCAAUGUAGUGAGGCAUCAGCUCCCUGUUCCUCUCUGAAACAGUCCCCUUGCUCCCCACCUCUGCCAGUGGGCCUGAGCAACGAGACAUGGCGUGCUUGCUCAGAGUCAGCCUGUCCUCCUCAGAACCCAGGCGCUGUCCCUCAGUUCCUGCUGCCUAUCACCCUGUCCAGGUCCCAGGAGGAGAUGUGAGGUGGUCAGGGUGAGCAUAGCCCCAGCCCACCCUUCCUUCCACACAUGUACUUCAGAUGAAGGCCACAGUUGAUCAAGGGCUCAAGUUAUCGCUGGUUGCCCUCUGUUGCCCUUUGAAGUUGCAGGGGCGUGGAUGCUGCCAGCUUAGUUUACAAGCACAUGUGCUAAGCUUCCUCAGCUGAAGAGGGGCUCUACUUUCUACCUUGAAGUCCAGCAGUCAUGGGGUCUUAGACCAGCCACAGAGAUUGCCAGAGGAAGUGGUGCAAGAAGUAGAAGGGGUCCCUGUGAGGAGCUAGAUCCAGACAGCAGCUGCUCCUGAUGUGGAUGCCCACAUCCAGAGACAGUUUUCCUGAAGUGGAAUGCCAAGCUAGAUCACAGAGCUAGGGCUGGUGGCACUGGGAGAGGUGUUUCUGGGACCUGGGAAGUGACCCAAGAGGCAGAUGCCGACAAGUGCCCGUCAGAAUGCACUUAGGUCCAGCAGCCCCAGAUGGUCCUGAGGGUGGAAUGUUUACUGUGCAGAGGUCAGAAUAUGCCUAAGGUCACUCCAUACACACCAGGGGUAUGGAGUGAAGCUGAAUUAAAGGAAGAUGUGUUUACAUCUCAAGUGCCAGGACCCUGGCCCUCCUCAGAGACUGUUUUAAAUCACUUGCGAACCACGAGCCUGGCUCCAUGGAGAGCAACAUUUUCUACAGUCUGAUCAGGUUCAGCCUGGUGUGUGGCACCCAGCUCAGGCGUGCAGGUUUCCACCUCCUCUCCAGUACAAAAGGUUUGCCUGGAUUCAUUCUAAACUGUUGUCAGCUCUAGCACCAUUAGAGCUUGGCAGCUCCUCGGGAGGAAGGAAAGAAUUGGUCCAAGAAGGUGAUAUUUAACUACACAGCUUUUGCCCACCACUGCCAGUCAGGCUCAGAGAGAGUGGGCUUGGACCAAAGAAACAGCCCAUCGUCCUCCUCCUCACAUUGCCCAUCCCCAUCCAGACAGGCACUACUGAGCCAGGAUAGCAAAGGGCUCUUAGCGAAUCAGCCAGCGGAGGCACAGCUGAACCAAGCAGGAAGUCUACCUGGAGGUGGGAAGAUGAGAGGGGGAGGGGUGUUGCUGUGACCUAACCUGCAGCACUGAACAGGAAGGAAGGCCUGCCCAAGGUGUUGAGCCCUGGCUCUGGUGUCAUGUGAGCGGGGCUGUGCUGUCACAGGGCCAGGUUGUGUGUUGGGUUGUGACACUCCAGUCCCUUUCACCCAAGUCAAGCUGUGAAAUCAGAACAAAAAUAUUUGAUGUGUGCUCUCUCUGUAGCUAUUCAUGAUGGUAUAAGGGGUGAGACAUAUGCCCAGGUCCUACCAUGAAACACAAUGUCAUACUAUGCUUGCCUAGUAAGAAAUGUGUUUCAUGCAGCUUAUACACAUAAAAGAACAGGAAGUGUAAACAGUGCAGAGUAUCUAGUGUUCACAGGAGCAAGAGCACUAAGAAAUUGUGAACCUUGAGGAUGAGAAGGGGAUCUUUUUAAAAAUCAUGCUUAUUUUGAAACACACCUAUGCAGUGAUCUGGAAUAGACUAUUUAAAAUAAAUAAUGGCACCUCUUCCCAUUCCACAGAACAUUCCUAUUCAACAGACAUUUUCAUUAUGUGGGCGGGGGAGGUAUGUCUGUGAGUGCAGGUGCCCAAGGAGUCCAGAAAAGGGUGUUGGGGCCCCGGAGCUGGAGUUACAGGUGGUUGUGAGCUAGCUACCCAGUAUGGUGCUGGCAGCCACACCUGGGUCCUUGGCAAGAGUAAGGGCUCUUACCCACUGAGCGCCUCUCCAGCCACAUAGUCUCGCUUCAGUGAUCCAUCUUAGACAUUCCCUGGUGAUUCCCUGUUGUAACAGAUGAGUGUUUGGUGCUCUUGAGAUGCUCCUCCAGCCCCUGCUCUCCCUGCUUUAGGUAAUCAGUAUUCACUGUUUACAUUGCUGUUUAUAUUGGUUUGUGAAAGUCUUAGUAAAGCUGAGAAUUAACUAUAACCAUUUUUGAGCUUUUAGAUGUUUUCGUGGAAUUGACACUUGGUUUGACUUUUCUUUCUUUGCUUAGUUUUCUAACACACCAUUGAAAAUUCCCCCAUUCAAUCUGGUUUUUCCUCGGGACAUUUCCUUCAUACCUUGCUUCUGUGUAGACUCCUGUAUAAGAGAGUUCCCUUUCACAUCAUCCCAAGGUUAGAUCCCCUGAUGCCUGGGUUCCAUGUCUUCUUUCUUAUUCUGCCCUCACUGGGUAAACAUACCCAGGGUAACUUCAUUUUAAAACCCACCUGUGAUGGCUACUCCCAAUUGUCAGCUUGACUGUAUUUGCCUGAACUUGCGUAGAAUCCAGAUCUUGAGGCCGGAAGACACAAGCUUUUGUUCUGGAUAUUGAAGCAUAGUGACCAUGAAAAGCUCAGGCCCAAGGAAGGUGAUUCAUGCCUUUAGUCCCAGCAGACAGAUGCAAGCAGAUCUCGAAGUUUAAGCCAGCCUGGGACAGAACAAAUUCCAAGUAAAGAACAUCUUAGGUCCAAGUGUGGUGGUACACAGCUUUAAUCUGGGUCAUACCUUCUGCUGGAGGCCU